UUCGGCACUAUCCACACCUCAUACACUCUGUUGUCUAAUGUUCAGCACUGUCCACACCCCGUACAUCGGGACUUGUGGAAACCUCCCUCAGCCUCCUUCCCACACACACACACACACACUCACACACACUCUCUGACACUGACAUUCACACACACACUUUGUCUCAGCUGCAGGACGCAUAAACACCAGCGACAGGACGAGCCGUCGAUGCUCCUCACCUGAAGAUGUUGCUCCUAAUCCUCAUGAUAACAAGUCUGGCCUCGUGGACUCCCGUCACGCCGCAGCCGCUACCUGAGCUCGCCGACGUGUGCACGGAGGGCAGCUGUUACCCCGCCACAGGUGACCUGCUGAUCGGGCGCGCGCACAAGCUCACCGCCUCCUCCACCUGCGGCCUGACGCAGCCCGAGCGCUUCUGCAUCGUCGGACACCUGGAGGAGGAGAAAAAAUGUUUUAUGUGCGACUCGAGGCAGAAGUUUGACGAGGACACAAACCAGGUCAGCCACCGAAUCGAGAACGUGGUCACAACCUUCGCCCCCAACCGCCUCAAGACCUGGUGGCAGUCAGAGAACGGUGUGGAGAAUGUGACCAUCCAGCUGGACCUGGAGGCCGAGUUUCAUUUCACACACCUUAUCAUGACCUUCAAGACGUUUCGUCCGGCUGCCAUGAUGAUCGAGCGCUCCAUGGACUUCGGGAAGAAGUGGCAGGUUUAUCGUUACUUUGCCUACGACUGCGAGUCGUCCUUUCCCGGCGUGUCCUCCAGGCCGAUGGUCAAAGUGGACGAAAUCAUCUGCGACUCUCAUUACUCUGACAUCGAACCAUCCACCGAGGGAGAGGUGAUAUUUCGGGUGCUGGACCCGGCCUUUGAGAUUGACGAUCCUUACAGCCUGAGGAUACAGAACAUGCUGAAGAUCACAAACCUCCGGGUGAAGUUCAUCAAGCUCCACACGCUGGGUGACAACCUGCUCGACUCCCGUGAGGAGGUGACAGAGAAGUACUACUACUCCCUCUACGACAUGGUCGUCCGCGGCAACUGCUUCUGCUACGGUCACGCCUCCGAGUGCGCCCCGAUCGAUGGAGCGCCGACCACAGCUGAGGGCAUGGUUCACGGCCGCUGUGUGUGUAAUCACAACACUGAGGGACUGAACUGUGAGCACUGUCAAGACUUUUACCACGAUCUGCCUUGGAGACCUGCAGAGGGGAAAAACACCCACGCCUGCAAGAAGUGCGAGUGCAACCAGCACGCCACAUCGUGUCACUUCGACAUGGCGGUCUACAUGACGACCGGCAACAUGAGUGGAGGCGUGUGCGAGGACUGUCAACACAACACGGUGGGCCGACAGUGCGAGCAGUGUGCUCCGUUUUUCUACCAGCACCCCAACCGAGACCUGAGGGACCCCAACGUCUGCGAGCGUAAGUCUCCUCCAGGUGUAACCCCCGACCUCCAGACGUAACCUCCAGACGUAACCCCUGACCUCAAGACAUAACCUACAGACGUAACCCCCAACCCUUCAGACGUAACCUCCAGACAUAACCCCCGACCUCCAGACGUAACCUCCGACCUCCAGACGUAACCCCUGACCUCAAGACAUAACCUCCAGACAUAACCCCCGACCUCCAGACGUAACCUCCAGAUGUAACCUCCGACCCCCAGACGUAACCUCCAGACA